CUUACGCUUUCUGACGUUCAUGUGCAAGUUCUUUUCAUAUUACCAUGCUGCCUUAAGUUUCACUCUCGCCAGCCUCACAGGCCAGCGUAGAGUAGCAAUUGUGUAUAUUAUAUGAGCUUGCCUCCCUGCCAGUUCCUCUAAUUGUUCUCUGCGUAUUGCUAAGAACAUGCCACUUUCGCUUUCUUUCACACAGACAUUAUCGAUGUGCGUUACAGCUACAGUUCUGAUGCACCACCCCUUCCGGACUCUCUCAUGGCGGGGCGCCUGCUGCGGUGUCUUACUUGCGGCUGUACUACAGCUCAUGGCAAUACCAUGCGGACACACCAAAGAACACACACUAAUGAGCGCCCAUACAAGUGUGACCACUGCGGCAAGGCCUUCAAGCAGACGAGCCACCUGGCACAGCAUGUCCGCCUGCACACUGAAUCCACCAUUCUGGCUUGCCAGGACUCUGUCGACGAGAGUUCCAGCCCUGGCGGGCCACCACUACCGGGCUCUCAGAAUGGGAUGCGUAUGCUGUGGUGUUCGGUGUGCGGCUAUACGGCAGCAUUCAGGAGUUCCAUGCAGAGACACCAAAGAAAGCAUACGGGCGAGCGCCCAUACGAAUGCAACUACUGCGGCAAGAGUUUUUCGCGGAAGGGAAGCCGGGACUUGCACGUCCGCAUCCACACCGGCGAGAGACGUUUCAAGUGCCACUUUUGCCCCAAGGAUUUUUUACUUGGUGCAGAGCUAGUUGCUGUGCAUGGCCAAACGCAUCCUCGGGGCCCUCGCAAGGGGCCGAACCUGAAGCGUUGUCUCGUGUGUGGCUACACCACGCCUUUCAGCCAGCGCAUGGAGUACCACCAAAGAAUACACACGGGCGAGCGUCCGUACAAGUGCCAAUACUGCAACAAGGCCUUCAGGCAGGUGGCCCACCUGAACGAGCACGUCCACAUCCACACCGGCGAGAGACCUUUCCAGUGUCACCUUUGUCCCAUGAAAUUUGUGCAGAAAAGCAAACUUAAGUGGCACCUGAAAAAUCACAAGACGUAGGACAUUUUUCGACUAACGGUGUUAAAAAGUAAGCUGUAACAGAAAGGGCUGAGAAGACGCAUGAUGUGUGCUGCCUAUUCUAUGCCAUCGAGUCCAAGGCUGGAGGCGCCGAGCUUAGGGCUAAUUAGUUGUGCAUUCUGUAGUCACAUGUGCCGCCAAGCGGCCAGAAGAAAUGACGGAAAAGGUAUGCGGCACUGUGAGAAGUGAGAACAGGCCGCAAAGAUUUUCGGAGCUUAUAAUAAAUGUUUAUACCUACAGUUAUGUAUGCACUUGACUGUGUGUAAGGCAAUAUGUAUUACACGUUUGGACAUAUCCCAAACUUGUAUUGAAUAAAUCUAUUUUUGAAGCACUGCUUCACUAAUUCAUACGAUUGCCUCAGCAUGCUCCUUUGAGAACAAGCCACUCCAUGUUACGUUUUGAUUUAAAACCCAGUUCACAUUGUCCUUUUAUACAGUGUUGCUGCUUUAUUAUUUCAUUUAAGAGCCAAGGCCCUCUCUUUUUUCUGAGAUGCCUUGUCUGUAACGAUGAAUUGUCUUACCGUUUGCUUCAAAAGUUGAUGCGCAUUCAUUCAUUCAUUCAAUCAAUCAAUCAAUCAAUCAAUCAAUCAAUCAAUCAAUCAAUCAAUCAAUCAAUCAAUCAAUCAAUCAAUAAAUAAAUAGUCCUUCAAUUACCUUGUUAUCUAGUGGAUUCCAGCACAUUUUGACAUCGUAUGCCACCUUUCAUUUUGUGCCUUAACUAGGGCAUGAACUGUCACAUUUUUGCAGGGAUGCUAGCAAAACAACUGUUGUUUUAUGGAAAGAGGACAUAUUCUUACGAUGUAUAAACCGGGUUGACGCACUGAAAAAAAAAAAUACGAGCUCAGUUCAGCAACAAUGUGCUCCAAUUUACGAUGGUUCAGUUCCAGUUUGGAUGAAUAAGAGAGUUUAGCAAUUCUUGGAGAGUUUUGCAACACUGUGAACCAGGUGACGAAUUGCUUUGGCACAAUAAACUUUAUCUUCAACAAGUUCACUUGUGCAGUGCUAUUGACUUAAAUAUGGUAAGCUUAAACACUCAUGGCAGCAUUGGUCGUGUGAAUGCACUCACACGUUCAUCACGAAGUGUGUGGUAUCUUCAAUUUUACAUUUAUUUCAUUUUCGUUUCCAAUCAUGUACUGAGCACAUGACGUGUGCCAUGCUUUCAUACAUGCACAAGUUUUGUCAGUAGGUGAAAUAAAUGCCACUUGCUAGACUGGAAAUGGAGAUCAACAUUUUUACAUAUUAUAUAUCUGUGAAGCUUAGUGAAAAUAGGUACAUCAGGCAGACUCAUAAACUUAGCCAUCACAUGAGCUUGGCUUGGCAAGGUGGGCGGGCGAAACCUUUCACUGCAUCCAUCCCUAAGCUUUCCAUUUCCAGCAUUUUUUUCUGCUGCUAACCACACUGAUUACAUCUAAGACAGUAGAAGUUUAGAAGGAUAUUCAAGUAGUGAGGUUUUUUUUAGUAGAGACGAAUAGGAAGGUCAGAAAAAAGUGACUGUUGAGUAUCGGUCGAAAUGAUUUAGAAUGAAAAGUUUCGUAAAGGCUGUUCAGCAACAAAUUUCUUUUACAUACUUUGGUACAUGCACAGCACAUGUUCAUCGGCAGGAUUACAUCUGGUGUACAGUCACAUUGAAAUAAGGCUAAACAAUGAGCAGUACAUCAUAAAUGUAUCUGGUGUGGUGUCCAGUGCCUGUAGAGAUAGAGGCUACAACAUCGCACGUCAUUUUGAAUGGGUACAAACAUGUCCGAAACAGGACAAUGAUAGGGUUCACAGAAGUGAGACAUUCUAACCCAACGGGUCGUAACUAUUUAUGUAUGUGGCCUUCUUUUUGUGUUAAAGGGCCCCUAAACAACCUCUGCUAAUUUUUUGACAUUUGAAGUAAAUGUGUGCAUUGAGUUCAGGACGCAGUCACAAUCAACAAUGGCAAACACAGCGGAGCUACGAGCCAUCGGCGCACCACAAAUUCCAAGAAACAAUCCCUUCUCCUCUUUGGGCCUAUCAUUAAUCCCCAGCGUUCGCCGUCAUCUCAACGUUCGUGUCUGCCCAUGUCGUCUAUAAAGAGAACCUGCUUAUCUGCUCGCAGGUAUGUGCCCUCACCGCUCUUCCUCCUCGCCCGGUGAGCAGGAGCACUUGGGCAGGAGAGACGAGCCGACGAACGGAGCAUAGCAAAGGAAAGAGCGAGACGAGCGAGGGCCUCUUUUGGAUCAUCAAAUGCGUGUAACUCUGCCAUUAUGGCACCGUUUCGAAAAAUUCUCAUGGCUACGUGUUUGUUGUAGACUCGCGCACAACUGCAACACCACAACUGAAUUUCGACCUCUAGGUGGCACAUGCUUUAGCAAAAUGUGCUACUAAAAAUAAACUGAAGGAACACACACGCUGCCAGAAGUGCAAACAGGAUGUGCAGCUUCCUGGAGUUUAUAAGGACUGUUGAAGCCUUGGGCUAUCUAUGCAUUUGGCUAAGUGUGUGGUAUCUACAAGCGAUCAUGUAUUCUUACCCAGGAGUUUAUGCCUAUCCCUAAGCUCUAUUGUAUGAAGUGAUUUGUGAAGUUCUGUUUCACCGAUAUGUAGGAUUGCCUCGGUAUUGUUCUUUGAGGAUGAACCACCUAUGUUUUGCUUUAGAAAUUGAUGCACAUUGUUCUUCACGUUAUGCCUUCUUCCUGUUAAUUACUCGCUUAACGAAUUCAUUUGAGACCAAUAAAGUUCUUUCAUCCAUCCAUCCAAUGCCUUCCAGCUUUUU